AUCCAUUUUCUGUCAGUCAAUUAUUUUAUCCCUCCCAACCCCCCUCAGAAUUAAUUAGAAAUAAAAGAAAAAUUACACAAUGUCUGAGGAAAAGCAAAACGGAGAUGACUUAAACGACCUGUUGGACAGUGCUCUGCAGGAUUUCGACAAAAGUGGCAGCCAGAAGGAGAAGGCCAAGGCCACUGAUGCGACAGUCGCCGAGGUCGCCGAAGGGUCCGAAGACCCUGAUGCAUUUUUCAUCGAGCAGGCCAAGGUGUUGGCCGACCGCAUGAACACGUUGUUCGGUGGUCCGGAUACGCCCAGUGGGGAUAUACCACCGAUGCCUCAGGACCCAGAUCAGAUUAUGUCUGGCUUCAAGAAGAUGGCCGAGGCAGCCGCAUUGACACUGAGUGGCGAGAAUUCGGCCACCGAUGAAGAUGUCUCCAAGUAUUCAGACAGCAUUUCGCAGGCCCUGAAAGGUCUUCAGGAGGGCACUGAAAAUCUGGCAGCACCUGCCUCAGAGAAUGACAUUGCCAGCAUGUUUGGUUCCUUGAAUCUGGAUGGUAGUGGUGCACCUGAUGGCAACAUGUUCCUACCCUUCAUGGAAGGCAUGAUGCAGAGCCUGCUUUCGGCUGAGAUUCUACUGCCCAGCAUUAAGGAGCUGCUGGAGAAGUACCCCAAGUACCUCGAAGAGAACGAUGCCAAGCUAUCGGCUGAGGACAAAGAGAGAUACCAAAAACAGAUGCAGCUCUACAAGGUCAUCGAGGGCCAUUUGCAAUCGGAAAAGCCCGAGGAUUCGGCCGCCGUUAAGCGCGAAAAGUUCCGCGUGGUUCUGGACGAUAUGCGAAAACUUCAAGACUAUGGACAGCCACCGGCUGAGAUUCUGGCAGAGACGGGCGGUGAUUUGCCGUUCGCCGAUCCCACAGCAGCAAUGGGCAUGGGCGGUGGCCCCAAUCCCCAGUGUCCCACCAUGUAGGUGGAGCUGGAGGUGCUCCUUUCUUUUUUGGAACACUUUCCCCGUAGUGUGCCAAUUCGGUUAACUGUUGAGUGUUGCACAUUUUUAAGAUAAGAACUUUGUAUUUUUAUUAUUUUUUCUGUAUUUAUGGACAACAACAAAAUGUCAAUGUGGUGGUCUCCUCAGAUGGUUAUCUCUCUCUUGAGCUGAGAAAUUUUUUUUAUUUUAUGUUCUCUAUGCUAAAUACAAAGAAUUGAAAUACAUUUAGAGGAAGA